AUGCCCUCAAAAAACAUGGACUCCCACGAGGGAGUCACCGCGGGGCUACCAGGCCAACAAAACCGGUACCAACACCAACGCGAGCCAUCAGGGCCCUUGGACGACGCCGCCUCGUCUAGCUCAGCAUCGAGCAGCUCAUAUAGUCGAGACUUUAGCAAACCCACAGUUCCUGCCAGGCCGACGAAAGCAUCAUUCUUCUCAAGACUCAACCCAAAGAACUGGACCCGCAGAAUGAGGGUUUUCGCCAUCGUCAGCUUUGUGCUGACCAUCGUGGCCCUUGUCCCAGCCAUCGCCGUGCCGCUCACACUACAAACAGGCCACAAGGACGUAGACAGGCCUACUCUUAUAAACCCACCCGCCACUCAGCCCAUCGCCAACAACAUCAAGCUCAGGAUCAUGCCGCUGGGCGCCUCAAUCACCUACGGCUUCCGCUCAUCCGACGGCAACGGCUACAGGGACGAGCUGAUGCUGCUCCUCAACAAGGGCGGCAGCAAGCACGUCGAGUACGUCGGCUCGCGGCAGCACGGGACCAUGGAGGAGAACGCGGUGGAGGGCUGGCCGGGCCUGCGGAUCGACCAGGUGCUGCCCAAGGCGCAGGCCUCGGUGCCCCAGGACCUGCCGAACGUGAUCCUCCUCAACGUGGGCACCAACGACUGCGUGCAGAACUUCAACAUGAACAACACGACCCAGAACUCGACCGUCGCGCCCGAGCUGACCGCCAACGCGAACUACACCGUCGGCACGCGCAUGCGCAUGAUGGUCGAGGAUCUGCUGGAGUGGAGCCCCAACGCUACAGUUGUCAUGUCCACGCUGAUCAACAACAAGGUCGACAAGACGCAGGCCCGCGUGCUUGUCGCCAACGACCAGUUCCGCGCGGUUGCGGCGGACCUGCAGGGCAGCGGCAAGAAGGUCGUGCUCGCCGAGAUGACCGCCGCGGUCGGCGGUCCCAACAUGACCACCAUGGCCGACAUCACGCAUCCCAACGACGUCGGCUACGCCAUGAUGGCCAACCGCUGGUACCUGGCUCUGGUGGAGGCCAGCAACAAGGGCAUGAUCACGGCGCCGCAGUAA